UUCAUUGAUCAUGCCAACAAGGUGCUCAACAAACAUGGCUUCACCUCCAAGACCUCCAUCAACCUCGUCAGUCACUGCCGAGAUGAGCUCUGUAGACCCUUCACUGAGGCCAUCGAUUCCAGCUGGGAGAAGCCGAGCUUCAACAUCGCCUCUCUGGCAGGCAUGGUGUACUGCGGACGGACUGGCUUCAAGUCUGCCAUGGCACACGCCCCGAUCAUAGACGGGAAGGAACGCUACGUCAUCUGGGUAGCGUCCCAUGUAGCUUUGGGGGAGGGGGAGCCUGGCAUGGUCUACCGUCCUGGGCGGGAACACGCAUCUGCAGCAUGCGGAGCGCUGCUUGCCGCCCUGAGAGAGAUUCAGUCAGGAAAGCUCAACGUACAGCUCGAUCCUACCGACCUUGAGAUGUCUCUGCUGAAGCAGGAGCUCGUGGGCUACUUGCGGUAUGGGCAGGUGCCGACGCUGGUGGAGCUGACGUAUGCGGCACAUGAGUGCAUCCUGGCCGAUGUGCAACGAACGGCCCAGCAGUCGGUGGACCGAGAGGCAUGCGAGUACAUCAUCAUCUCGGGGAUACAGGUACAUGGCGCUCAUGAGAGCAACUUCUUCUGGCCAGGAACCUUC